AUGGCAACUCUCGAAGCGCUGAUCUCGCUGCAGAUGACACGUGCAUCCUUCAUCGAAGGCAUUUACACGGAGUCACAGGAGGAGAGCAUCCAGCAGUUCGGCGUGACGGCUCUGGAUUCCAAGCUCAUCAUGCUGGAAACGUAUUGGGCGAAGCUGGAAGCGUCCCAUGAGAAACUCGUCGGCCAGAAGAUCGAGAAUUUGACCUCUCUCGAUUAUUUUAAGAAUCAGGUCUUCGAUGUCGCACUUAAGCAUUACGCUUCAGGUAGAGUAGCGCUGCUGCAGCCGUUGGAGAAGAAGGGGGCUCCUAACCUCAACCAAUCGGUUCGAGUUCCUGGCGAAGCGCAACUACAAAGUUCAACGCGCAGAGCUCUUCCGGAGAUUGAGUUGCCGAAGUUCUCUGGAGUGUAUAAGGAGUGGAGGCCAUGGAGAGACCUUUUCCAUUCGCUGGUCGGGAAUAAUCUGGAGAUUCCUGGAGUCGAGCGAAUGCACUACCUCCGUCUCUGUCUCUCCAAUGAACCGUUGAAGCUCAUCUCUAAUUUGCCCGUCUCUGAAGAUUCCUUCGGCAUCGCAUGGAGAAUCUUGGUCGAUCGAUACGAGAACAAGCGCUUAUUGAUUACAGCUCACCUUGACCAGCUUCUCAAUCCUGCUCCAAUGAAGACGCACGGUGCCUCAGACCUUAAUUUAUUGACGAGCUCCGUUUCUGAGGCACUCAGCGCGCUCAAAGCACUGGAUCAGCCAAUCAGAUCAUUGGGGUCCAAUCGUCGUCCACGUGCUCACUCGUCGCUUAUCAAACAAGCUUCGUGA